AUGCUCGCUGAAGGCGCGGGCAAGGUGCGGGUGGGGGAGGGCGAGUUCGUGUUCCGUCCAGUCAAGACCUGGCUCGGCAGGCAGGCCACAGAGAAGGUGGAGGGCUGGGAGACAGAGGUGUACGAGGCCUCCGGCUCCCUGACUGCAUGCACCUGGAUCAAGGUUCCAGUGGUGGUGCCGCCGGAGGCCACCUUCCACGAUUAUCUCGCCAUGCAGCUGCCUGCAGACGACGUGGCAGAGGUGCCAGCUGACCCGCUGGGUGCACCCCUGCCGGACACGCAGCAUCAGGCGCCAGCACCCGCAGCGGCGCCCAGCGGUCUGGCGGGAUCAGGCAGCGUGCACGUGGGGGAUGCCAAGCGCGCAGGCAGCAGCGGCAGGAGCGUGUUUGGCAGUGGCGGCGGGGAAGCCAAGGCAAAGAAGAAGAAGACGCAGAGGUUCAGCAGCCGGUGCUGGCUGGCACGGAGGUACCCCAUCUCGCUGGUGGAGAUCAUUCCGCUGCUGGAGACGGUUGCAGCUGGAAACCGCCACUUUGCGCAGGCCGCCGCCUACCUCCGCCGCUUUCCCGAGGCCGAGCAGCGCUUUCCUGUCCGACUGCAGGUACCGCUCGUGUGGACGGUUUUCUUGCAGCUAGCGUUCCGCCAGUUUGUGCUGCUUGGCCCGAACGACCAGGCGCUGCAGCCAGGCUUCUUCGAGCUGCCGCCGGGCUACCAUCUGGACCGCUUUGAAGAGGGCGACCUGUUGGAGAAACGGGCUGCGCCGCUGCUAGAGAGGAUAGACAGCACCCCCGUCACCUGA